AUGAUAAUGAUGACACGCUACGUGUUGUGUGUUAUGCUUCUUGCACUUUGUUGUACUUGCACUUUCGUGUGUGCUAAUACUGAGCCUCAAGUUGAAGUUAGUGAACCUGAACCUGAAGGUGGUGGUACUUCGAACCAUGGGGCUCGGCAGGCUGAUGGUGCUGGAGGAAGUGGAAAGGGAGGACAAGGAAAUGGCCAAGGAGUUUCACCAGGUGCUCCUGCUGCAAUUCCACCUAAAGGAAAAGGGGAUAAGGAAAAAGAACUGUUAGACAGUCAGGAUAAAUCGGAACUUAACAAAGAUCCAGGACCAGUUGGUCCUCAGGGCCAUUCAGAAAGCCAACUACCAGGAAAGAGUACUCAGUCUCCUCUUCAACCUGGUACUUCAUCAGAACCAGUAAAAGGAGAGAGAAUGCAUAGAGCCUCUUCUCCAUCAGCAAAUCAGAACGAUCAAAUUCAAAGUGGAGGUAAAGCGGAUUCGAAGGAAAAUGAACAAGUAAUUGCGAAAACGGAAUCGGGAAAUAAUGGUGGAUCCAAUUCUGGAAGUGAAAAGAAUACUGUUGGCUCUCUCACUGCAGAGGAACCCAAUGCUAAUAGUGAAGAACAUGAGUUGGAAAAUGCACCAACUUCCCCCAACGAGAAUGUUACGCAAGGUACUAACGAUGCAGGCAACAGUAGUGCUGUACAGAUUCAAGGAAGUACAGACAAAGAAUCUGAACCUGAGAAUGGCACUACACCCAAUACUAAUGAGGAAUCAUCCUCAACCACCACAACAACAACAACAACACUUCCUCCUGAACUCACAAACAACAAGAAGGGUGAUGCAGACAGCAGCAACAGCAGUAUCAGCAGUUCUGUGUGGGUGCGUGUGCCACUACUGAUUGUGGUUACACUGGCCUGUAUUCUUGUGUGCUGA